CUUUCUUUUAGGUUAGGGUUAGGCCAUUUUAUUAAUGUAAACGUUGACGUUUACAAUUAUUAUCUUAUCAAUAAAUAAAUAUUUAAAUUGUUGAUAACAAUGCUUAAUCUACUAUAUAAGUCUAGUUACGUUUUCGUACUAUUUUAUUAUGCAGUAAUUCCGUUGGGUUAUUUAACGAAGUGGUGGGUCACUGUUGAAAAAAUGAAGGGUAACAGCACAAUUUUGGUGACAGGGGGUUCGGGCUACGUAGGCUCUCACACCGUAGUCGAGCUACUAAAAAAUAACUAUACAGUGAUAGUCUUAGAUAAUUUAGUUAACAGCUACUCUGAUGGAGGUUGUAAGCCCGAAGCUUUGAAAAGGGUGGAAGAAAUAACAGGGGAAACUGUUACAUUUUAUAAUGUAGAUGUCAGUGACAGAGCUGCUUUGGAUAAAGUUUUUAAAAAUCAUAAAAUUGAUGCCGUAAUACAUUUUGCUGCCCUUAAAUCAGUAGGAGAAUCAGUAAGAAUACCUUUAAAGUACUACCAGAAUAAUGUAGGUGGAUCUGCAAUACUUUUAGAAGUUAUGGCCUGCAAUGGUGUGAAGAAUGUGGUAUUUUCUUCUUCUGCGACUGUUUAUGGUGACCCACAGUUCUUGCCAAUUACUGAAAGCCAUCCUACAGGACAAGGUUGCACCAAUCCUUAUGGAAAAUCUAAAUAUUUUGUGGAGGAAAUUAUGAAAGAUGUGUGCACUGCAGAUCCUGAUUGGAAAGUCAUUUUAUUAAGAUAUUUUAACCCAGUUGGUGCUCAUGAAUCUGGCCUCAUAGGAGAAGAUCCCUCAGGAAUUCCUAAUAAUUUAAUGCCUUAUAUUUCACAGGUAGCCGUAGGUCGUCGUGAAAAACUUCAAGUUUUUGGCUCAGAUUAUUCUACUCUAGAUGGAACAGGAGUCCGAGACUACAUUCAUAUUACAGAUCUCGCUAUUGGCCAUCUUAAAGCCUUAGAACGCAUGUACUCGCCAACUUUUAAAUCCUGGAAAGCCUACAACCUCGGCACAGGCCGUGGUUACUCUGUCUUAGAAAUAGUAAAAGCCUUUUCAGAGGCUUCCGGAAAACAGAUCAACUAUGAGAUUGUAGGCAGAAGAGAGGGUGAUAUCGCCUCUUGCUAUGCAGAUGCCACUUUGGCUAAGCAAGAGCUAAACUGGGUGGCUACCAGGGAUGUAAAAGAUAUGUGUAGAGAUACAUGGAAUUGGCAGAAGAAGAAUCCUAAAGGAUUCCAAAGUUCUUCUUGAAAAUUACUGUUUUUUGUUAUAAAAAAAAGGGCCGUAGAAAACCAGCUGUUUAACAGAAGCGUUUUUGCAAUCUAAAUGAAACAAAUAUUUAAAAAAAUAUUAUUUUUGUUUUAAUACUUAAUUUAUACCUGUGAAAUUAUGUCGAUGUUCCUUUUAAAGAUUAUCCAAUUAUGUGCAACAAAUUAUAUUUUAUUUAAAUAUUUAUUAUUGUAUAUUUCGUGUAAAUAUUUGGACAUGUUAAAUUAUUUUAUUUAUAAACAAAUACUUGGAGUUUUUUCAAAAUUGUUAGUUUUUUGAAAUUUAUCAACCCAACGUUUGAUUUAUUUCGAAGUGUAGAAAAAACUUCGACUAUGCGACAUUUUAAUUGUUGGAUUUAUAUAAAGAAUCAUGUUAUGUGUCCGAUCGUCAUACAAAUACAGAAUAUAAUUAUUUUUGUAUUGA